AUGCAUCUGGCCUGGACAGCCUUCCUUCCGCUUGCCCUCGCGGCACCCGUAAUCCAGCCUCACAGCUUCAACCUGCAGCUCAUCCCCGAGCGGUACAUUGUCAAGCUUCGCGAUGGUGUCUCAGAAGCCGCGCUCGAGAAGGCAAUUAAAGAAGCUGAGCCGGCCGGACCUCCGCAGCAGGUCUACCGGGCCAAACGGUUUAAGGGGUUUGCCGGACGACUGACGCCUAAGGUGUUGGAGAAAGUCAAAUCUCUGCCUGAGGUCGAGUACAUCGAGCAAGACGCUAUUGUUACUAUCGCCGAGUACGUCACUCAGUCAGAUGUACCCUGGGGCCUUGCCCGCAUCUCGCACCGUGAGAAGGGCCACACCACCUACGUCUACGACGAGACCGCCGGCGAAGGCACCUGCGCGUACAUCAUUGACACAGGCAUUUAUGUCGAGCACGAGCAAUUUGGCAGCCGCGCGACCUUCCUCGCCAACUUUAUCGACUCUACCACGACCGACGGGAACGGCCACGGCACGCACGUAGCCGGUACCAUUGGCGGCAGCGACGUCGGCGUCGCUAAAAAGACUCUCCUCUUCGGCGUCAAGGUCCUCAACGACGGCGGCUCUGGCACGCUUUCAGGCGUGAUCGCAGGCAUCAACUUCGUCGCUGACGACGCAGUUAACCGUACUGCUUCGGGACAGUGCCCUAAGGGAGUUGUCGCGAACCUCAGCUUGGGCGGUGGGCGCUCGACAGCUGUGAAUGCGGCUGCUGCUGCUGCGGUCGAGAAGGGGGUUUUCUUGAGCGUCGCGGCGGGGAAUAGCAAUGAUGAUGCGUACUGGUACUCUCCUGCGAGCGAGGAAACGGUGUGCACGGUCGGUGCAACGGAUGUGGAGGAUCACCGGGCAUGGUUCUCAAAUUAUGGGACUGUAGUGGAUGUUUUUGCGCCUGGUGUCGAUAUCUUGAGCUCGUGGAUUGGAAGUCCUAAUGCGACGGCCACCAUCUCGGGCACGUCGAUGGCUGCACCGCAUGUUGCUGGUCUUGCAGCGUACCUUAUGGGCCUUGAUAGGCCAAAGGAGACUCUUGAGCUGUGCCAGUACAUUCGUGAUACGGCAACCAAGGGUGUUAUCUCUGGUCUGCCAUCUGGAACCUUCAACGGGAUUGCGUUCAAUGGCAAUGCCGAGGAAGCUGAGGAUUAA